AUGGCGCCUAUUGGAAAAGCUGCGGAGAAUAUCCAUGAGCCACAAGCCUAUAACAAAGAUGUCGAGUCCUCGGAAGACGUCGAGAAAUACCCUGUCGUAUCGACUCGGGCAAUAGAUCGGGAGGACGGCAUUCGAUCCCCGGAUCUCCCCCAACCCAUCUACGAGAAGCGAACCCUUCGCCAAAAAUUCUGGAGCAAAAAGAAAAUCGCCAAAGAAACAGCAGCACACAAGUUUGAAACCAACAACCGAACCGACAAACGCAUACGGCCUGGAAAAUACCGCAAAUUCUGGGUAUGGCUUGCCCGCUGUUUGACCUUCUAUAUUCCUUCAUGGUUCCUUAAAAAGGCCUAUCAAAUGAACGACUACCGACUCCGACUCGCAUUCCGGCAAAAGGUACUCUUUUGCCUCCUUGUCGCCGUAAUAUACAUGGUCCUAUCCUACUUCCUGAUCAUCCAGCCGGUCUUCAGCUGCAUCAUGAAAGUGCCUCUCGGCAUGUUCUCCAGCCACGGCAACUUCUGCAUCAUCGUACGCCACAUUAUGUGGAUAUACAUGGGCGUCGGCGGCGCAUUUAUGCUGUUGGCAGCCUACUGCGCCGUCAAGACCCGCUACACCCCUGCAUCGUAUGAAGAACACGACACCUUAAUCGUAAUGCACGUCCCCUGCUACAACGAGACCGAAUACGUACUUCGCAAAACGAUUGAUUCAUGCGUUGCGUCUACAUACACGAAGAAGCGCAAAUUGUUGUUCAUUGUCGCAGACGGCAAAAUUGCGUCUGCCCAAAACAAUAAGCCGACGUAUCACAUCUUGCUGUAUGAUAUAUUCAACCACAAAACAGACCUAGAAAGCGGGAUUGACGCGGAGGCGAAACGAUACCCGUCGUAUGACGAGAAAGGGACGUCGGAUAAUUUCGCGUUUUGUUGUACGGGAUAUUACAGGGAGGUGCCGUAUGUGGUCAUUGUCAAGGUCGGCAGGUCCGAUGAGCAGACGAACGCCAAACCGGGAAAUAGGGGCAAACGAGAUUCGCAGCUUUUGGUGUACAAUUUCUUGCGUUAUGUUAAUUAUCAUCAGCGUGGAGGAGGAGGAGUCUCGGCGGCGCCGCUUUUUGAGACGAUUGAUUUUCAGAUGCGGAUGCGUCUGGGUAUCGAUGCGCGGUAUGCGAUGUAUAUGCUGGUGGCGGAUUCAGAUACCGAAAUCGAGCCCACAGGCAUUUCAUAUCUCGUCCACCAACUCGAAAGGGAUCAAAAACUGAUUGGCGUCUGUGGAUAUACAGGGGUCAGCAAUCCCGUCGACAGCGUCGUGGCUUGCAGUCAAGUAUUCGAAUACUGGCUCACGCACACCAUCCUCAAAGCAUUAGAGAGCGUCUGCUCAAAUGUGCUUGUGCUGAGCGGCUGUUUCACCAUCUACCGCCUCAAAUGGGCGUACAACAACGAACCCGCCAUCCUGCACCCAGCCAUCCUGGAAGAUUAUGCAGGGAAUUAUGAAAAGACGCUGCACGAACAUAAUCUGCUCUCAAUUGGGGAGGACCGGUAUCUCUCGACCCUGUCAAUUCGGUACUUCGCGUCCGAAUGUCGCCAGCGAUACUUUUCAGCAGCAGUAUGCACAACUACCGCGCCGACCAGUUUGUCAGUGUUAAUCGACCAGCGUCGCCGAUGGACAAACUCGCUUAUCCACUGCCACUUUUCGCAUCUCAACAUCCUCCCCUUUGACGCUUCGGUCUGGAAUCAGCUGAUGCUGGUGUUUGUCAUUGGCUGUGAGUUGUUUAUGGUCCUUAUUUUACCGCUAGCCUUGCCGGCAGGCUUCUUUCUUGCCGCUCUGAACCUAUUCCUGAGUCCUCUAGCAUGGCCCAUAUUACUUGGAUAUUGCAUGAUCCCCGUUGCGUUGUGCGUGCUGUGCAAUGAUUGGCGAUACAUCCCGUUUUAUCUUCCGUUUUUUCCGAUGAUCAUUGUUUACAGUAUUGUUAUACCGCUGUUUUCGUUGUGGAAGCAGGAUACUGUGAAGUGGGGGAAGACGAGGGAUGUCAGUUAG